AUAAAUGAUCUUGUAGUGACAUGACUCAAUCGAUCCAAAAACGUCAAUUUUGGGUUGCGAAGUUCAAUGUGACAAGUUUUAACACUGACAUCUCUCGAGUGUUUCAGGAAAUAUAUGUGCUUCUAUACUUGUGUUGUGCAAAGAUGAGGAUAUCAAUAGGAGCUUAUUGAGUAUUGGUUUUCUUGUGCAUUUUUCUGUCUUCAGGGCAUAGCAUUCGUGCUUUCUCCUAUGACUAUUCUGCAACAACUGAGGCAAGCAGAAGUUUCAGUUUUCAGUGUUUUGUUGAUUUCAAACAAUAUGGUACCAUUUCGCCUUACAUAUAUUAUCAAGAGAAAAAAAUUGAAACUUUUUCUUGAACAGUGCUUGAUAGAGCCUCAGAGAGCUCAAUAUGGAGGAGGGAUAGUAGCCAAUCCAGAGUUUACUUAUAGCUUUGGACUGUGUAUGGAAGGAGCAAUCAGAGAAGGAAUAUCAAAGGAUGGGAACAAAUACAUUAUUGCACAUAGCAGAACACAAUCACUUGACAGUGCCUCACAGACGGUUCAAUUUGAGGAAGGAAAUCUUUAUGGUUUCUCCGCAUGGGUUCAAGUCAACAGAGGACGUGAGAGUGUAGCAGUUGUUUUGAGAACUGCUGCUGGUGAGCUGAUUCGUGCUGGUAAUGUUAUAGCCAGCGAUGGAUGCUGGUCUUUUCUUAAAGGUGGCAUCUUUGCAAACUUUUCAGGCCCUGCUGAGAUUCUGUUUGAGAGCAAGAACACAACUGUGGAAAUAUGGAUUGACAAUGUCUCAUUACAACCCUUUACCAUGGAGCAAUGGAGAUCGCACGAAGAUGAAAACAUUCACAAGGAACGAAAGAGAAAGGUGAGAUUCCAGGUAACAUAUGCAAACAAAACUGCCGUGGAAGGUGCUUUAAUAUCAAUAAAACAAACCCAAUCAAGCUUCCUAUUUGGAUGUGGCAUGAACCAUUACAUCGUGGAAAACGUAGAUUACCAAAACUGGUUUGCUUCAAGAUUCAGGUAUACCACUUUCACUAAUGAAAUGAAGUGGUACAGCACCGAGAAAAAACAGGGUCAGGAAAACUACACCAUUGCAGAUGCAAUGGUAAGAUUUGCCAAACAAAAUGGCAGUUCUAUCAGAGGUCACAACAUUUUCUGGGAUGAUCCAAAGGACCAACCAGACUGGGUUAAUCUUUCUCCUAAUGAUUUACGAGAAGCUGCAGCAAAAAGAAUAAAUUCGGUGGUCUCACGAUACGCAGGGCAACUAAUUGCUUGGGAUGUAAUGAAUGAGAAUCUGCACUUCAGCUUCUAUGAAGAUAAGCUUGGCGAAGAUGCCUCUGCAGAGUACUUCUCAAUGCUUGAUCCUGGGACAAGAUUGUUCAUGAAAGAGUAUAAUACCAUUGAAGAUUGUACAGAUGAGGCUGCAAAUCCAUUUAACUACAAGAAGAGACUGGAGGAAAUUCUGUCAUGUCCUGGAAACCAAGGAAUUUUAGCAGGAAUUGGUGUGCAAGGCCAUUUCAGUUCUGACCAACCAAAUCUUGCGUACAUGAGAGCUUCCUUGGACAUUCUAGCUACAACAGGAUUGCUUAUAUGGCUUACUAAAGUAGACGUUGGCAGAGGCCCAAAUCAGGCAGAGUACUUGGAGCAGGUACUGAGGGAAGGCUACUCUCACCCUGGUGUUGAAGGAAUUAUCAUGUUCGUAGGCCCAGCAAUUGCAGGUUUCAAUGUUACAACACUAGCAGACAAAGAUUUCAAGAACACUCCAUCAGGAGAUGUUGUGGACAAGCUGAUUGAUGAGUGGAAGUAUAAGCCUACUGAAAUUAAAGCAGAUAGUGAAGGAUCCAUUGAAGUUUCAUUGUUUCAUGGAGAUUACAAUAUAACUAUUAAAGACCCAGUUUCCAAUUCAUUGACUAGGUGGAAUUAUAAUAUGAUAGAAGACGAUACAACAGGCACUGUUCAUAUUCAUAUCAAUGCUUGAAAUGAAUCAUCACCAUCUCAAAUUACAUAUAUUUGGCAAAUAAAUUGCCCUGUGUGUUUUCUUGGAAAACACCAUUGGAAGAUCACACCAUAACUUCUUUUCAUUCAGUGUUUGUAAGAGUGAAUUGAGCAAGUGUGGAUUGAAGAUUUUCAUGUUAUCUUUUGCAUUCAUUGAAGCAUCUGGAUAAAUAAAAACAAUAAAAGCAAUAAGAAAUAAAGGGUUAGAAAAAUCUUUAAUAUUCAUAAA